AUGAUAAUUACAGCGUGGAUUGUGUACAUUCUUGCCCGGAAAGGUGUGGGGCUCCCCUUCCCACCAAUAACCAGUUCGGACAUUGAUGUUGUGGAGAGUGAGGCGGUAGCUGUAGUACAGCAUUGGUUGAAAAAAACAGAAGAAGAGGCCUCCCGGGGCAUAAAGGAGAAGAUGUCCACCAACUAUUCCACUCAGGGCAUAAAGGAGAAGACAUCCAUGAGCUUCCCUCCCACUCAUGGCCAAGACAUACACGUAACCAGAGAUAUGAUGAAGCACCAGCUCUCAAAGGCUGAUUUGUCAGCAAAUCAGAGUCAAGAUGUGCUGGAGGAGAGAACAAGAAUCCAGUUCAUAAGAUGGAGCCACACGCGUAUCUUCCAAGUGCCAAGUGAGGUGACGGAAAACAUGAUGCGAGACCGGAUAGAGCAGGUGAGACGCAGACAGAAAGCUGUGCGUUUGUGGAACAGCAGGGUUGAGGGGCAUCACCGGCUCCGCCCUUUGGCCAACCACAGCUCCAUGAUGUGUCCCCUGGGCACUUCUCCACCUCUUAGGUUGAAGUCCUUCAGGGCCAAGGAGCAGCCUGUGUCAGCAGAAUGUCCAUCUCCUGCUUGA